AUGGCCACUCUGCAGAGACCUGCGAAUUCUUUCCUUAAGGGUGUUAUGACUGCCAGCUGCCUCCUUCUCAUUGCCCUUUGGGUGCAGGGAGGAGCUGCAUGGCCCAUCGGUCCUCAUUGCAGACUGGACAAGUCUGACUUACCAUCGGCCCAGGUUACCAACCACACCUUCAGGCUGGCUGAAGAGGCCAGCUUGGCAGAUAACAACACAGAUGUUCGUCUAUUUGGACGUCAUCAGCUGUUUCGUGGAGUGAAUGCGACUGAUUACUGUUACGUGAUGAAGCAAGUCCUGAACUUCACCGUUGAAGAGGUACUGCUCCUUCAUUCUCACAGAUACCAGCCCUACAUGGAUACAGUGCUGUCCUACCUGAUCAGGAUUAACCACAAACUGAACCAUUGUUAUAUCGAGAGAGAUGAUCAGAAUAUUCAGAGAAAUGUGCAAGAACUGAAGGACACAGUCCGAGAGCUUGGAGAGAGUGGAGAAAUCAAAGUAAUUGGAGAACUGAAUUUACUUCGUGGACUUCUGGUCACAAAAUGCUUUUAA